AUGGUUUGGCUGCAGUACACGGCCACCCGCUCGCAGCGCGCCGCCACCGCCUGCCUCUUCCUCACCGGUGCAGCCCUCAUCGUCGCCGCCGCCAGGCUCUCCUACGCCAACAUCGAGCCCCAGCGCGCCAAGGCCGCCGAGCGGCGGCGCGUGCUCGAGGCCUUCAUCCACCGCAAGCUCGGAGGAGGAGGAUCCGCCUCCGCCUCCCCACAGCAGCAGCAGCAGGAUCCUACCAAGACCGCCUAG